AUGGCGAAAAUACCAAUUAUGCUCCAAUCGAAGGGGAAUUGGGAUAGCUUUGGUCGAUUUAGAGAAUUUGAGGUCGAUGGCAUUGUAGUCGAUGACGAUGCGAGUUACAGUCUAUUGAUUUCUACAAUAGCACNAAAGCACUAUUCUGUCAUGCACAAGUUCCAAUUCGGGGUUAAAAGAUCUAGUUCUAGAAGCUAUUGGCUUAUAUGUGUUGGUGAAAACUGUACAUGGCACUUCAAGGCAACUAGUAUAAAUGAUUCUGCAAUGUUCAAGGUCAGAAAUUUCGACAACCAACACACAUGCUCUUUAAUGGACAAUACAUUCAUACAAUGCAAACCUACUGGCAUGGUAGUUGGUCGCAUGGUUAUUCCAAAAUAUUCUGAUCCUAAGACAAUUUACACCCCAAAAGACAUUCAAUUUGACAUGUUGUCUGAACACGGCGUGAAUUUAACCUACAUGCAAGCCUGGAGAGCAAAGGAAAAGGCUUUACAGUUUUUGAGAGGUCAUCCUGCUGACUCCUAUAGCAAAUUGCCUAGUUAUUUGUAUAUUCUAGAGAAGACUUAUCUGGGGUCUGUAGUUAAAUUGAAGAAGACAGACGAUGAUUGCUUCUUGUAUAUAUUUGUUGCGAUUUGUACGUCAAUCAGUGGCUGGGAAUAUUGUAUGUCAGUUGUAGUAGUUGAUGAGACCUUUUUAAAGACAGCAUACAGGGAAAUAAUGCUAACAGCCAGUACAAUGAAUGCAGCAGGUACCAUAUUACCAUUGGCAUAUGCUAUUGUCGAUUCAGAGAAUGACGCAUCAGGGAAGUGGUUUUUUGAGCAAUUGAAGCUCGCGUAUGGUGAAAGACCAAAUAUGUGUGUUGUUUCGGAUCGGAAUUAG